AUGGAGAUAUCGACACUGCCAAUUUCUGCUUCGCACAGAGGACAGCUGAUAUCAGCAGGCUACACGUCUCUCUCGUCUCUAUCUUCCAUAUCUCAUUCAAAGCUAGCUCAAGAUUUGAAGAUUACGGAAAACGAGGCGGUGGAGAUUCUGACAGUUUGUUCGGCAAGAAAUGGGCUGAGCAAAACUGAGAACGGAAAUCACGCGAUUGUGAAUG